AUGUCACAAGUUACUAGUUCUCAACAAGAACUCAUUGACGAAUUCAUAUCUAGCUAUAUUAAGAACAAUGAUAACAUCGGAAGGCAGUACUUGAAGCUCCGACAGAGUGCUUUGGAAGUGACAACUAAGAUCAAUGAAGAAAUUAAAGCAAAUGGAGCCACAAGCGAUGAGAGCCUUAUUCAAUUGCAACAGCUUGAAUUUGAGAAUGACAAACUCUCGGAAACUUACCGUCAAUAUCUAUCACGAAUUGGAAACGCAUUAGACUACGCUGAGAACGUUAACCCACGAUAUUUGAAUAGUCUCGAAGAUAAGUUUUUGGAUCUCAGUUCAGUUAAGGAAAAGGUUGAAGCAGAUAUUGAAGACUUUAGGCAAGUCAAAAAGCCAAUUGUUGAUAAGAUGAAUAGCUUAGCGGAUCGCUAUUCUCAGGGGAUUACGGUCACAAACAAGAGUACACAACGAGGAAAACGUACUUACAUUUUGACUGGCAGAGGUAGCAAUCCCGAUCCUAAUAGCACUUUUAUUGACUUUUCCUCGACUGUUUUCAACAAAACGGAGCUUCGGUCUUUGUUUGAUGAUACUGAAAAGAAGCUCCAGAACAUCAAAACAGUGGAUGAGGUUGGUGAAAGCAAAAAUGAACAAGAGAAUUUAGAUGUCUCGGCAAACACUCUGCACGCCAUAAACAUUGAAAAGUAUUUGGAUGAACUCCUACAAGAUAGUCGAGCGUUCUCUCGUGCUGGUGAAGAAGAAUAUGCGUAUGAUAUUUCAAAGUCCACUUCUAUAGAUGUGGGAGGAUCUGGUCUUGUUCUCGAUGACUAUAAUAGAAAUAUUGACAAGUUGACUACCGAAAUACAAAAUCUUGUCGCUGGAGGAGCUGCGGCUAAAGAAAGAUGGAUCAUCAACGCUAGAAGGCUUGAAAUGGUGCAAGCGGUACUCGAGAAUGAUGGCGGAGCAGAUAUUGAUCUCGACGUUUAA